UCAAUAAAGUUUGAGCUGCAACAAAGUCCAUCCUGCAAACGAGCCGCUCGUGGCUCUGGGAAGUGGAUUUCCAUGUCGACUUGCCAAUUUGUAGAGCAGAGCAAAUGUCUGCUAUGUAAAGGAUGAGCUGGAUUCAAAGAGUUUAUAGAUUCGAAUCAAGACAACGUACAUCAAGGGGACACUAUAUCGUGAAACCCAUGUUUUUAACAGAGCUUAGUUAGUACCAACAGUAGUAUUGACGCGCUGACUUAGCCAACGAGGGGAAACCUCAUUCCAUUCAAAAAUACCAAACUGACAUAAACCUGAACUUUCCGCCAUGUGUCAGCAGCUGUAUUCUUUUUUGCUGUCUUUCAGCUGAUGUCUAUCUAUCUAUCCAUCUAUCUUUGUUCAUUGGUGCGACCUGGAAAAUCCAGAAUGAGUGGCUAUUGUGGCUUUUCUCUGCUUCUCUAGCAGGGUGCCGCUGCUCAUCAGCAAACAUGUUGUGUAUCAUUUCCCACCAUUGGAUUGCGUAGCAACCUCAGCCAUAGCUAUUCCACAUGCUUUAGCCACUACAUCUUUAAAUUGUGUGUUCAGGACCCAAUCUAGGUCUGUCCACGGCCAAGAGGAAGUUCGCCGAGUCUCUCAAUGAUUUUAAAUUCCAGUGCAUCGGGGAUGCUGAGACGGAUGAUGAGAUAUGCAUAGCUAAAUCUCUUCAGGAGUUUGCAGCAGUUCUCCAAAACCUGGAGGAUGAGAGGACACGGAUGAUUGAGAACGCCAACGAUGUGCUCAUUAUGCCCCUGGAGAGGUUCAGGAAAGAGCAGAUCAGUGCAGCUAAGGAAGCCAGGAAAAAAUACGACAAAGAGACAGAGAAGUACUGUGCAGUACUCGAGAAGCACCUGAGCCUUUCAGCAAGGAAGAAAGAGUCCCAUCUGCAUGAGGCGGACAACCAGGUCGAUCACGUCCGGCAGCAUUUCUAUGAAGUCUCUCUGGAGUAUGUCUUCAAAGUGCAGGAGGUCCAAGAGAGGAAGAUGUUUGACUUUGUGGAGCCACUGCUGGCCUUCCUCCAAGGCCUCUUCACCUACUAUCACCACGGCUAUGAGCUGGCUAAGGACUUCAACCACUUCAAGACGGACCUCACAAUCAGCAUACAAAAUACGAGGAAUCGUUUUGAGAGCACUCGAUCCGAGGUGGAGAGUCUGAUGAGGAAGAUGAAGGAGAAUCCGCAUGAGCACAAGAGCAUCAGCCAACACACAAUGGAGGGAUACCUCUUUGUGCAGGAGAAGCGUUCAUUUGUGUCAAGCUGGGUGAAGUACUACUGCACGUACCAUCGGGAGCCAAAGCGGGUCACUAUGGUUCUAUUUGACCCGAAAUCAGGGGGGAAAAUGGGUGAAGAAGAGAGCUUCAUCCUUAAGUCCUGCACCAGGAGGAAGACAGACUCCAUUGAAAAAAGGUUCUGCUUUGACGUGGAGGCUGUGGACAGGCCGGGAAUGAUGACCAUGCAAGCUCUAUCAGAGGAGGACCGCAGGUUGUGGAUGGAGGCCAUGGACGGGAGAGAGCCGGUGUACAAUCUCAAUAGGGACAACCACACAGAAGGAAUGGCCCAGCUGGAUGUGGUUGGGUUCAACGUGAUGAAAAAAUUCAUUUAUGCAGUGGAGACUCGAGGUAUCGAUGAGCAAGGUUUGUAUCGAAUCGUCGGCGUCAGCUCGCGGGUUCAGAAACUAUUAAGCCUCGCUAUGGAUCCAAAGACAUGUGCUGAUGUGGAGCUGGAGAACCCAGAGUGGGAGAUUAAGACCAUCACCAGCGCCAUCAAGCACUAUCUCAGGAUGCUUCCUGCCCCUCUCAUGACAUAUCAGUACCAGAGGAGCUUCAUCAAAGCUGCCAAGUUGGACAACCCAGAAGCCAGAGUGAAAGAGAUCCAUGCUUUGGUGCACCGGCUGCCUGAGAAGAACAGGCAGAUGUUGGAGCUGCUCACCAAACAUCUAUCCAAUGUGGCCAAUCACCACCAGCAGAACCUGAUGACUGUCGCCAAUCUAGGCGUGGUUUUCGGGCCGACUCUGCUCCGCCCCCAGGAGGAGACGGUGGCGGCCAUAAUGGACAUCAAGUUCCAGAACAUUGUAGUGGAGCUCCUCAUUGAGCACCAUGAAAGGAUAUUCAAGGAUGUGCCGACUUCUUCUGGAGGUUUAACCAACAUGCAGGCCAACCUUUCAAGGAGGAGGAGCACUGAGAGCAAAGCUCCGUCCUGCAGUGAAAGACCUCUCACACUCUUCCAGACACCAACACAUUCCCUCAAAGAUAAUAAAUCAGCGUUGACUGGCGAAGGUGAGAAAAGGGACAGUGUUGUAAUCGCCGCGGCGGGCGAGCUACAGCCGGCAGGCUCGUCGACCGGCAACUGCAACAGCAGCAGCGGCAGCAGCAGCAGCAGCAGCCAAGGUCGAACGCCCAGACACAGCCUGAUCAGCAACGACGGAGAACACAGCACUCGGCAGAUCCGGCCCAGCUCACUGUUGAACCCCAAAACUCGUAGCAGUAUACCAGCCUGCGCAUCAUCCUCUAGUCCAAACUCGCCACGUUCUCCUUCCUGGCCGAUGUUCUCAGCGCCGUCCAGCCCUCAGCCUAUAUCUUCGGCCUCUAGCGACUCCUCCCCAAUCAGCAUCCCAGGCAGGAGAGCUCGAGCGCUGUACGCAUGCAAGGCGGAGCAUGACUCUGAGCUGUCCUUCAUUGCCGGCACCGUCUUUGACAACGUUCACGCCUCCAGAGAGCCCGGCUGGCUGGAAGGAACGUUGGACGGCCGAAUAGGACUCAUACCAGAAAACUAUGUGGAGUUUUUAUAGUGCAGGGGCCGCACUGUACUGGACUGAGACCAAAACUGGACUGCAAAAGGAGGCGGGGGGGCCAGAUCUGGCUGCAUAUACCCUAAUAGACCUGAUCCAUUAGUGGGACUUGACUUUGGCUGGGAUUGGAUGGAUGUGACGCAUGCACAGACUGGAGCCACGUCCUGGAGUUGCACUGGAAGUGAAACAAGCAAACAAAAAAAAGAUCCUCUUCGGUUCCAGUUGUUAUUGGAUUAGUUUGGAUGGCUUCCCAAGUGAAGAUGUAAUGAGCCUGGAAUGUGUGUGUGUGUGUGUGUGUGUGUAUUUGGGGGGUGAUAUACUGUAUGUCAGCUUGUUUUUGCCCUUCCUGUCUUCUUGAAACUGCACUGUUUAUCAAGAUCUUCUCUCAGAAAUUAGACAAUAUCCAGUGGCCUUCCACAUUGGAGCUCCCCACCCCACCGCUGUGUGACAAAGGGCACCGGCCCAGGGCAGAGCAGCAAGAGGUUUUUUCAGCGUUUUAUAACAGUUUCUCUGAGGGUUUUUUCUGAAUCGCAUGAUGGGCCAGGUCAAAUGCUUCAGUAACGGGCCGGAGGUUGCCCACCCCAAUAUUAUGGUCUAUUCCAGUCACUCAGGGGAACCCAAUCAGUGUCAUAAACCCCAUACCGAAAUUUGUACGAUUUUUUUAAAGAAAGUUUUCUGUGACAAAAUGAUAAUAACCAGAACCAUGAUAACAAUGAGAAGAAAUUAUAUUUAUAUUUUUAUAUUUUUUUUUAACUGAGUAGGAAAAAGUAAAAUAAAACUUUACAAAUUUUAAAUAUUCAUGAAAAAAAGGAACAAAUGUUAAUUUAUUUUUUAAAGGUAGUGACAACAGACUAUUUAAUGUCACAAUAAAUAAAUAAGGUACAUUAAAAGUACUACUAGUAGUGGUUGUGAUGGUAGUAGUAAUACACGGAACAUUGAUAGUAGCAAAAUACUCUUAAUCAUAAGCCAUUUGUUAGUGUUAAUUAUUAUUAUUAGUAGCAGCAGUAAUAGUAGUGGUAGGAAGUCAUUUUAUUGUCACACAAAACCUUCCAUCAGGAUAAUGCUAAAAAUAUGAAGUUAACUUGUUGUCAAGUGUGAAGAGUAAAGAAAUAUAAGCCGCUCUGCCAUGGUGCCGUUUCAACCUGACCUUUGCCCUCCCAGGUUUUCAACCGGGAGCCUAAACGCAAAACGUCAAUGUGAAACAAGACUACUUUUUAUUUAUGAGACAUUCUUGAAGAUGUAAUCUGAAGGGAGGUGUUUUAUUUGACUUUCGUAUGCUAUACAGUGUUGGAUUAUUGUUUUUUCUUUUUGUUUGAAUAAACAUGACAUUUUUCUAUUUGUAUUCUUAGCAUACUAACUUAAUUUCUUCAUUCCAUCUCUGAUGCUCGGAUUUUUGUUUCAUUUAUCUACAGCCUUAAAAGGAAAUCCUCUGUGAGAUUUUGUUGGAAUUUGCAGAAUUAAAGAUGAAUGUUGCAGGCGCU